AUGGCCAACUAUGUGAAAUUUUUUAAGGAUAUUUUAACUAAAAAGAGGAGGCUUAGAGAAUUCGAAAUUGAGGCUUUGACUGAAGGUUGUAGUGCUAUAUUGAAGAAUAAAAUUCCUCCUAAAUUAAAAGAUUCGGGCAGCUUCAAAAUUCCUUGUUUUAUUGGUGGUAGAGAUGUUGGUAGAGCACUUUGUGACUUGGGGGCUAGUAUCAAUUUGAUGCCCAUGUCAAUUUUCAAGAAGUUGGGGAUUGGAGAAGAAAUACCAACCACAGUCACUUUGCAAUUAGCGGAUCGAUCUAUGGCACAUCCAGAAGGCAAGAUUGAGGAUGUACUUGUGCAAGUUGAUAAAUUAAUUUUUCUAGCUGAUUUCAUCAUUCUUGAUUAUGAAGUGGAUAGAGAUGUUCAUAUUAUCUUGGAUAGGCCAUUUCUAGCUACUGGGAGGACUUUGAUUGACGUACAAAAAGGGGAGCUUACUAUGAGGGUGAAUGACCAACAAGUGACAUUUAAUGUGUUCAACGCUAUGAAGUUUCUGGAUGAGAAUGAGGAAUGCUCUCGGCUGAGUGUAAUUGAGUCAAUUGUCGCUGAAAAAUUCCACAAGGAAGCUUUUAAAGAUGGAAUGGGGGUGAGGUCACUUGAAGAGCUUGAGAACUUACUUGAAGAGGAAGAAAACCAACUUACAUGGGUAGAGUCAAAGCAGCCCUUUACUAAAUUUAGGUGGCCUUUUGAGCCAUUGGACUUUUUAGAGUUGAAGCCUUUGCCUAAUCACUUGAAGUAUGCCUAUUUGAGAGAUAAUGAGAUGUUUCCUGUGAUAAUUUCAGCCAUGUUAGGAGCUGGAAAAGAGCAUUUGUUGUUGGCUGUUUUGAAGAAAUAUAUAAGGGCCAUUGGUUGGACCAUGGCGGAUAUUAAGGGUAUAAGUCCCUCAUUUUGUAUGCAUAAAAUUCUGUUGGAGGAUUGA